GGGGCCCUUGCUGUGGCCAUUGCGCUUCACGUGGACUUCACUGCCAUGGCUCAGUGCUAUGGAAUCCUGGGAAUUGUAGCUUUUUGAGGCACCUUGUAAAUGCACCCAACUCCCAUAAUUGCACAGCACCCGGCCAUAGCAGUUAAAGCAGUGUCAAGCUGGGUUAAUUCUGCAGUGUAGAUGAUACACCCUCAUUCUGAAUCCAACACCAGGUGUUUUAAAUCUGUUGAUCUUUGAAAGAUGUGUUGUAAAACAAAUAGGUUUCUGCUGCUGUAUGCGAGCCAGAAGGGCCAGGCACAGGCCAUCGCUGAAGAAAUUGAGCAGCAGGGAAAGGAGCAUGGUUUUGAAGCUGAUCUUCAUUGCAUCAGUGAGUCAGACAAGUACAGCUUGAUCAAUGAAAAGGAUCCAGUUGUCAUUGUUAUUUCUACUACUGGUACAGGAGAGCCACCAGACACAGCAAUCAAGUUUGUUAAGGAAAUUAAUGACAAAACAUUGCCUCAGGACUACUUCUCCCAUUUGCGAUAUGGAUUACUAGGUUUAGGAGACUCCGAAUACACCUUCUUUUGCAAUGGGGGGAAGAUAGUGGACAGACGACUCCAAGAGCUUGGAGCACAGCGUUUUUGUGAGAUGGGACAAGCUGAUGAUGCUGUAGGUUUGGAAUUGGUGGUUGAACCAUGGAUUGCUAACCUUUGGGUUGCUCUCAAUCAAGAAUUUGCAUCAAAAAAAGAAGACACAAACCACAAUGAGAAGUCUGCAUCUGUUUGUACCUGUACAGUUUCUAACUCGUGCAUAGCUUCCAAAAUAGAACAUUUGAAAAUAGAAGAUUCAGAAGGGAAGACCAAUAUUUUAUCAAAAUCAAAUGUUUACUCAGAACUUUCCACCCGAGUCUCUCAGCCUUCUCUUUCUCAAUCAGUACCUCCACUUUCUCAGUCCACUCUUAAUGUUCCUUCUUUACCUCCGGAAUUCCUAGAGUUGACAUUUCAGGAAAGCUCAGAUCAGGAUCCUGGCCCACCUUGUGUUUCAGAGACCUCUGUUUUCCAAGUUCCUGUCAUCAAGGCUGUUCAACUUACAACAGAUGAAGCAAUAAAAAAGACUUUGCUGCUAGAACUUGAUAUUUCUAAAACAACAUUUAGCUAUCAGCCUGGAGAUGCUUUUAAUGUAAUUUGCCCCAAUUAUGCCAGUGAGGUUGAUGAACUUCUCAAUAUCUUGGGCCUCCUUGAGAAGAAAGAUUUCUUUGUGUGCUUGAAGGUUAAAGCAGGCACCAAAAAGAGAGGAGCAACAUUGCCACAGCAUGUACCUGAAAAGAGCACUGUGAAAUUCAUUCUGACAUGGUGUCUAGAAAUAAGAGCAGUUGUCAAAAAGGCAUUUUUGCGGUCUCUGAUAGAAUAUACCAUUGAUGUUGGAGAAAAAAGGAGACUGCAAGAGCUGUGUAGUAAGCAAGGAUCCUCUGAUUAUAAUAGUUUCAUAAGGGAUGCUGGUGUCUGCUUGUUGGAUUUACUGUAUGCAUUCCCAUCCUGCAAGCCUCCACUUAGUCUUCUGAUUGAGCAUCUUCCAAAAUUGCAAGCCAGACCCUACUCAGUAGCAAGCUCAAAUUUAUUCCAGCCUGGAAAGGUUACUUUCAUCUUUAACGUUACGGAGUUCGCGUCCCAUGUAGGUCAACUGCGAAGAGGGGUUUGCACUGGCUGGUUGGCUAACCUAGUUGCCCCAAUGCUUCAAUCAAGUACAAAGGAUGAUGGAUUCUUCAAUCCAAAGAUCUCCAUAUCUUCUCGCCCAACCAACAAUUUUCACUUACCAGACAAUCCAUCAAUUCCUUUUAUCAUGGUUGGCCCAGGAUCUGGAAUUGCACCAUUUAUUGGUUUCCUGCAACACAGACAAACACUCAGAGAAAAUCACAAAGAUUGGAUUUUUGGAGAGACGUGGUUAUUUUUUGGCUGCCGUCACAAAGCCAGAGAUUACUUGUUUGAAGAUGAGCUCAGGCUCUUUGUUGAGAAUGGCACAUUAACUCACCUGAACGUGUGUUUUUCAAGAGACACCCCAGCUAUGGUACAAACUGCCACUCCUAAAUAUGUUCAAGAUAACCUUCGGCUUUUUUCUGAAGAGAUCAACAGAAUCCUCCUGCAGGACAAGGGGUAUUUUUAUGUCUGUGGAGAUGCCAAAAAUAUGGCUAAAGAUGUAAAUGAUGCUUUAGUGGAUAUCUUAACUGCGGAGAAAGGAGUUGAUAAACUGGAUGCUCUAAAUAUUUUGGCUACAUUAAGAGAGGAAAAGAGGUAUCUGCAAGACAUCUGGGCAUAAGAACUGAUGCCAGUCCCUUGAUCUUUAGUUUGAGUUAUUUUAACUCUCCUGAAUGAUUUGAAAGGACGUGCCUUUCGCUGUACACUCUAAUCACUUACAUCAUCUUGUCUCAUACUGAAUCUGUUUUUUCCCUAGUCAGAGAGUUUGUCUGUCUUUCAGAGAGCCUUUUCACAACCCAGUUUUUUUCAGGAAUUACAUCAGUGGGUGCCUCCUAAUUUUUCAAUAAUUCAAUUUCUGUCAGUGCCUUUUUUCUGAGUAAAAUUUGAUCAACUUUAUUUUGGUUUGGAGUAACCAAAUAUUUUAUUUGGAUAAAAUAAACAUGAUUACCGAGAUUUUCGCAGGCACUAAAUUGAUGUAUCUGAGGGGAAAGGUAUAAUGACAUUCGACUCUACAUAAAAUGUUUGUUACAGAUAGGCAAAUGGAGAGAUUAAAUGGAAUGUUUCAAAAUAGUGUAGAAGGUUUGAUUUGUAGUAAAAGAAUUUUCUUGUUAUUUCACUGAUCUCUAUCCUUUGAGCCUAAUUGUUUCAUUUCAUUUUUCAUUUGAGAGAAAAGAAAAAUAAUGCACACAGCUAUUUAUAACAUAUUUAUUAUCUGUUUAUAUAUUUCUGCUGCUAUAUAUCAACUUCACAUAUGGCUAAUUAAGCAGAGUUUUAUCUAUUUAGAAGUAAGCCUUACUGAGUUUAUCAGGAGUUACUUCCAAAUAAGCAGACCAUUUGUGGCCCCAAUACAGUUACGGUAUGUAGAAGUUGGAAUCAGUGGUCCAAAUUUUUAAAGAAAUCUAUUUGUCUUAAAUCACUGCAAAAAUGAGAGGUUGGUAUAAAUGUUCCAGUUGUAAUUAAUUUGAAUACUCAAUACAGGUUUUUUCAAACUAAAAAAAGAAUACAUUUCUAUCUUUUCACACCAUGUUUGGAACUACCGCAUCAAAGUAGCAUGUGAUAAUCUGAAAUUAAUUCUAUAUUAAUUCUAUCAGAAAGCCACACAAGUUUUCUGUUCUGAUGUUGAAAACCUGAUUGCGGCUUUCAGUGCAAUGAGUACAAUGCAAAUUAUUUUUGUGGGAGUUAAGCAUAUGGUUAACGAUCAUUUCAAACCAGGAGGUGUAAGUACUAAAAUUGCCUGGAUUAUGCCCAGGGGUUCUACAAAUAUGCAAACUACUGUAUUUUGAUUUACAGUACAAGUUUUAAAACUCUGAAACAAGCUUUGUGUUCAUUUUUUUCCUUAUGUGACUGUGUUGUAGAAAUAUUAUCUGAUCAAGUGGAAAGGCCCAGCCUAUUUUAGUAUUUUAACUGCAAAAGAGAGAAGCAUUAUUGUAUGUCAGUACUGCAGAACAAGCACAGAGGCAGUUUUAGAAAGUCAGUCUCGUUUGGAUUUAUUAUUUCCUGUUGCCAAAGAUUGUUUUAAAAGAGAACAUGUUUUGAAGAUGUUAACGAAAGAGCACCGUAACCUUAGUUUCAUGUCCCUUUUCGUGUACCCUUCAAAAUGCAAAUAAUAGUAUAUCUGGGUAUUUUAUGGAUCUGUAACUGUAAAGAUUAUUGAUUGCACUGUGGUAGACCUCAGAUUUUAUAGACACUGAUGACUGCGUCUGUCCUGAACUAAUAGAAUAAAAAAGAAUGCCACUUCUUAAAA